AUGUCUGAAAGCCCGAUCCCGCAGCUCGUAAAUAUCUCGCAUGCUCUGCAGUCUUCGUUCGUGCAGAAGCUGCGUUCUGAGGUGAAGACGUUCAACGAAACAGAAAAACUGACGGAUGUGCAAACGCAGCAGAUCGACAAGUACAUCACGUCUCUGGAAACGGCGUUUGCCGAGUUCACACACGACAACGAGCAUAUCGAACGUAGGGACGCCCAGGUCACAGCCGUAGACGUGCAGCUAUACAAAGGACUCAAGACCAUGUACGCAGAUUAUUUGUCACAACUUGUAAAACUCAAGCAGCGCAGCGUUAGCCAGGAAGAACACGUUGGCGGUGACCGUCCCGUGGACUACGUGUGUGACGAAUUGCCUUAUAAACAGCCCAGUGAGCGAAAAUCAUACGUUGACAAACUUUUAAGGCAGCCAGAAACAACACAGAUCGGUAAGAACGAUCGUUUGCUUGCCGGGAUCGCCAGCUUGGCAGUCCUCGACUCCACCGUGAAGGAAAACACCCAAGUAUAUGCCGAUUUGCUGCUUAAAGUCGGGUAUUCCGCUGAGGAGGUUGAUAAAAACAUGCCCCACUACGGAAACGGCACGAGCACAAAGGUCAAUGAGCCCAAAGUUACAGAGGCUAUCCAACCUGCCACACCUGCAGUCGCCAAAAAGAAAAUAUCUUUUUCAAAGUAUUUGAAAAAGGGUGAUGGUAACGACGCUGCUGCUGCUGCCAAGCGUCCCUUAGAGGAUGACAAUGGCAGUAGUGAUCAAACCGAUACAAAACGAACAAAGACCACAAUUUCAGUAACGGAUCCGGUCUUACCAUCUAUCCUAAAAUCACAGACAAAUGCAAAGAAACGCAACCCAAUACGAUUUGUCAGUGAUGAGAAGCUCCUGACGGUCUAUGGUGACGAACUCCCAACGAACGGAUUGGUUGUGUCACCCAGCAAGCUAAAAAAAGUUCUCAAGCCAUUCAAAGAUGGCGAACCUCGAGAAAUCACCUAUUCUGCAUGGAACAACCAGAAAGUACGAGAGCUCUCAUUCCCCAAACCUCCUUCAGAUUCAGAUAUAGUAGACACGUUAGGAGGACUAGUACCGUGCGAGUCGCGCGUACCACUGGGCUAUCGAUUGAAUUUCACCACAUUUAGUAAGUCAUUAGCAAAAACUCCUACAGAUCCCACGGAUAUCGAUAGCACAGAUCCAAGUUUAUCACAGAAGCCUUUAAUUGUCAGGGCCUUUGGCAAAAAUGUUCUGCUCUUACAAAAAGAUCGUGGCGGAAUACCAUACAAGAGAGUGCCUGAAGUUCAUGUUAAUGAAUACCCCAUAAGGCCAAUAUCAUCAUAA